GCCAUCAGGCUUGAGCUGCAGUGACACACACUCUCAGAAGAUUCUGUAACAGCUUCAGCAUGUGCAGUCUGAGAGCUUACAGGACCAUUAGUGAGCAGGAAGCCUAGGGGACAGCAGCAGUGACUGGCAGCAGACAGACGGCUCAUGUUAUAAAUCAGCCUGGCACAGUCUGUGGAGAGAGAGAGAGACUCGAGACAGACCGCAUUGCAGGGCAGACACACAUAGCAGAGCAUGAGUUCAGAAAUGGAGGUGUGGAGCAGUUCGGGAAUGGAUGAGAGCGAAAGAGACAGCAGCACCAGCCAUGAUGAAGAUGAUGAAGAACCAGAGGAUGAAGGGGAACCCGACACUGAGGGACUGUGCAGAGAGCUGGUGCAAGUGCUGUGUUCAGAGAGAGUUGGUCAAAUCACAAAGACGUAUCAUGACAUUGAGGCAGUUACACAUCUGCUUGAGGAGAAAGAGCGCGAUCUGGAAUUGGCAGCCAGGAUUGGCCAAUCACUGCUCAAGCAGAAUAAAGCUCUGACUGAACGCAACAAACUACUGGACGAACAGCUGGAAAUCACCAAGGAAGAGAUUGCCCAGCUGCGUCAUGAGCUCUUCAUGAGAGACGAUCUCCUGCACUUCUAUGCUAGCACUGAAGAUAUAGAGCAUGCCUCAGAAACGCUACUUAUACAGAGUGAUUCGUCCUCAUCUCUCAGCAACUACGUCAAUUAUGACUUGCUGCAACAGAAACUCAAGGUUUUAGAAGAGGAGAACUUCAAACUGCGCACAGAGGCUAAUGAGUUAACAUUUGAGACGAACAAUUAUGAGGAACAAGAGCAACAGCUUAUGAUGGUGUGUGUGGACGAACUCUCUACAGUAAAUAAACAGGUUGUAUCUCUGUCAGAAGAAUUAGGCCGGAAGGUGGAAGAUUCGCUAAGACAACAAGAGGAGAUUAGUGCCCUCCUGGGACAGACUGUCGACCUGGAGCAGCGCUGCAAAGGGUUCACUGCUGAGAAUGAGGAGUUAAGGCAACAUCUGAAUGCUUCCCGGGAAUCCCAGUCACAGCUUAAAACAGAGCUGAAGGAACUGCAGGAGAGGUACUCAGAAUGUGAAGACAUGCUCCAUGAGGCCAGAGAGGACAUUAAGAACCUGCGCAAUAAGAGUCUGCCCAACAGCACUGUGCAGCGUUAUAGCACCCUGGCAGCAGUCCUCCCAAUGGAUUCACUCGCUGCUGAGAUUGAAGGAACCUUCCGGAAAGGCCUAGACAGCCCAGCACCCACUGAAUACAAGAAUCAUCCGUUGCGGGUGUUUGAGACCGUGAAAGUGGCCAAUCAGGCUGCUCGGCUACGUUCCCAGAUUCACUCUCCGCAGGUUCCGGGUUCGAGCCCUACGUCAUUACGCUCUAGUCGAAUCAGUACACCACGGACCAGUUAUUACGAAUCAGACAAUAUUAGUGUCAGCAUGGAGGAUAAGCACUCCCCUUCCACGCACACACAGGAUCAUGGGUUACUGGAGUCGAAGCGUUUGGGCCAGCCAGGUACGCCAGGUGGGCAGGAUUUGGAGGAAGCGCUCCAGUCUCUCUCAGAGCGUCAGGAGAGGCACACGUCUGAGCGGCCGUUCUUCGAGGUGGAGAGAGAAAGGAAACUGCGUGCCCUGCAGAGUGGAAGCAACAGCAGUGGCGGCGGUUCCAGCGGCUUCCUGACGCCCAACGGCAGCGUCGCAUCCACAGGAACCAACUACUCCGGCACCUCCACGCAUUCCUCAGGCACGGGCUCCUCCCGCUCGUAUCUGCCUGAACGGCUGCAGAUAGUCAAGCCGCUGGAGGGCUCAGUGACUCUGCACCAAUGGCAGCAGCUGGCCAAGCCCAAUCUUGGGGGCAUCCUGCACCCACGGCCAGGUGUCCUCACCAAAGACUUCAGAGAGCUGGACGUGGAUUUCCAACAUGUCUACAGCCUCAACGACCUCGAGGAGGAUGAGCCUGAUCUCUCCAAAUUCCCCAACCUCCUGCACGGCACUGUGGUCCCUUCAUCCGGAUUUAACAUCCCUCAGACCUCACCCACAUCUCCGACCACUAGCUGUCAGAUCCUCCAUCCCUCCGUCCUCCUCUCCUCCUUCUCCACCAGCCUUCGGCCCCGCAGUGCAUCCGCUUGGGGGAGCUGUGAGCACGUGAGGACAUCAUCAGGCCUCCAGUUCAUCUCUGGGUCCACAUCACACCUCCACCAGACCUCCUCCCUCGGUCUGCUACAACUUGUAUCAGAGCACGGCAUCUCGGCUGCAAUUCAUCCCAACUCCCCUCUCAUUCACAGAGCCACCGCAUAUUCCGAGGAAACACAGCGGGGCUCUGAUGGAAGUGAACAAGAAAAAAGAGAAAAGGAAUGGCAGGGAAACAUUUUCAGCGUCAAUCUUGUGGAAAAACUCAGAAGCCUGGGCCUGUACAAAGUGGUUGCCAGAGGCUUUGUGGAUUUUGGUCGAAAAGAAAAACCAGCCCCCCAUGAAACACAAAAAGACGUUCACCAUUAAAGGUACCAUUUUGUGCAUCACCCUCAUUGUGGCAUGCAGCUAAACUUUUCCCAUUUGUAAUGGGAUAUUCCGAAAGCCAUAUCAAGUUUUUAUUUCUGUAGUGACUUCUUAUUGGCACUGGGAAUUUUAAGUAUGGACUGCACCUCAAAAAAUUCUGAAGUCAAACACAUCUGUGUUUAUAUCAUUGUUGUUGCAGGGUGUUUUAAACACUCUUCAGAAGGGAAUAGCUGUACAUAUGUUGACUUUUUAACAUGUCCUCUUUUGUUGAGACUUUGUCUGUCACUAUCAGUCUUGAAAUCACUGUUUUAUUGUUAUGAAAUUGUAGCAGCACUACAGAAAAAUGCACUACGUGGCCUCAAUUUUUGCUUGCUGCCAACCAAGCAUCGUGUCAGUAGUGCGUUUUGCUUCAUAAUAGCACUUUUCAGGGCAUUCAAAUCCCUUUUCUUGAGGAAUGCAGGGUACAUUAUGUGAGGUUAUGUACUGUACCUGCAGUCUAAACGCUGUAAAAAUGAGAAGCUGUAUUCAUGAUGACUGUUGGUGGUCAAUUUAGGGAACAUUAUAGUCUUGUUGAGUGAAUAGAUGUGAUCUUGUGCUUUAUUUUCACUGUGCUUUAAUGCAAGAACACCUCAUGUGAUGGUACACCAUGCACACACGUAUGUCAUGCAACUUUAAUGCCACAGACACGUUUUCACCGUAAUGUUUGUAAUGUAUAUGAUUGUGUUUUGCAAGAAUCAGGGAUGCAGUAGUAAAGUUAAGUGCUCUAGAGCUGUAAAUUGUGAAUACACAAUCGGGUAAUUCUAACACAGAGUCGUCUAGGGGUGAAUUUGUAUCACAGGAUUAUUCAUUGAACACAGCUUUGUUUUCUUCUCCAUCAACAUCUUCCAUUGUGUCCACUUGUGUUUGUCAACCAAGUGAACAGAAAUAUGGUAAUCUGUAUAUGGAGAAAGCCUUGUAUGCGUUUGAAAUGUUCAAAGGGGCAUGAUAAGGUGUAGUAUUUACUGAUCUAAAGUCUCAGACAAAAUGGUUAUUUAAAAAGUAAUAUAUUUAAAUAAAAAUGUCUACCUGAAAUGCCACUCUGUGUAAAACACAAUGCAUGGUCGCCAUUUUUGUAGAAUAUGUAAAGUGUUGUUUUAAAA